AUGGCGGGGAAGAGCCGGGAGAGGAGACCGUCCUCUGCUCCGUCCACCUCUGUCCCGGCGUCGCCGGUGAAGCCUGAACCACUGUCGGAGGCGGCGAUCGAUGUCCUCCAUGGGGACGACCUCCGCGACAUCCUCCGCCGCCUCUCCCUCGCCGACCUCCUCCGCGCCGCCCUCACCUGCCACCGCUGGCGCCGCGUCGCCGCACGUUGCCUGCCCCGCGCCCCUCCCCUCCUCGGCUACUUCUUCCACCCCGUCAACACCCCUCCCCCGCCGCCCAUCCGACCCCCGCCAACCCACUACGACGCCGUGUUCGCGCCCCUCGACCCCUCCUCCCCGCGCCUCUCCCUCGACUUCGCCCCGGAAGCCUCCCGCUUCGAGCUCUACGACUGCCACCAAGGCCUCCUGCUUCUCGAGCCGACCGUAUCGCUGCCCAAGUCGAUCCUCCCCCGCCUCCUCGUCCUCGACCCCGCCUCGCGCCGCAGCGUGCUCCUCCCGCCGCCGCCGCGCGACACGGUCCCCGACGACCGCCGCUGGCGCAGCUCCAGGUACUACAUCGGCUCCGCGCUGCUCUCCCGCGCGCACCCCAGCAAGCUCUGCUUCGAGGCCGUCUGCUUCGCCAUCGACGACGGGCACCCGCGCGCCUGGGUCGCGUCCGUCGACAGCGGCGACUGCAGCUGGCGCGCGCUCGCUCGGGACAUGGAUGCCCAGGUCGACUUCGACCCCCACUGGUUCAAGCGCAGCUGCGUGCACGCCGCCGGGAAGAUGUACUGGCACAUCUGCAACUCCGGCCGCGUGCUCGUGCUGGACCCUGCCACGCUGCGGUUCUCCUACCUGCUGGCGCCCGCAGAGCUGGCGGACAACUUCUGCACGUACCGCAUCGCGGAGACGCCGGAGGACGGCCGGCUCUGCAUCAUGGCCAUGGCGAGCCGUGCGAAGCAGCUGCAGCUCUGGGUGCGCGGCGAGGCCAGGUGCAGCGACAACGGGUGGCUUCUCGAGAGGGAUAUCAUGGACAUGCGCGUGGUGUGGGACGCGCUGCCAGGCCUGCCCACGGACUGGGCGAAAAGGGUCUUCAACGUCUGGCCCAGCGACAUGGACGCCGGCCGCACCGGCAAGGUCUUCAUCCAGACGUUUGGAUACGGCCGCUACUCGCUACAUCUCGACACCGGCAAGAUGGAGCGCCUGGAGACCAAGGAUGGCAAGGAGUACGGGCACCCUAUCUACGCCUACUUCCUUGCGUGGCCGCCUGCGUUCCUCGCUCCAGAGCACUGACUCCCGUUAAUUGGGUGCUGAGUCCGCAACUUGUCUAUGAAGUCAACUUUCGGUCAAAGUUCCAUCUUCAGCUUCACCCAGCGUAAGAGGAAGAAGUCCAGAUGAUAUUUGCAAAAGACUAUGCCUCUUUGUUUUGACUGAUACCCUGUGUCGUUAAUUUGUAUGGUUGUGUGAUGGGCGACCAAGUAACUCUUAUUUGUAUUUGUGGGACUGUCCCUAGUUUUAACUUGUUGUGUGAUGAACAU